AUGACCGGUGGUUCCUUUUCUGUGUCGUGAAUGCGUAAUGAUUCUAACAUUAAAAAUACACUAAUUACGUUUUUAGUAUCCAUUUAUACAUUCUGAAAGAUGUCCCUUACAGUUAACGUGGUUAAUAUGCCCUUGAUUAGCGCAAAGAUCUUGGUUAAACAUUAUAUGUCUUUAAUACAACAGCACGAGUGCAUGGUGCUCCAACGAAAGUAAGCAGCAAACACACUUGGUUGCUGUCAAGUCGUUUUGUUGACGUCUCUGCACGUUCUCGGAAGCCUUCCCAGAAUGCAGCGCGAACUCUGCAGCCUAUUUUGACCAAAGGGGGUGUGGGGGGGAAAGAGGCUAGAAAGGAAUAGCAGUAAAUUGGGUUCGGCACAAGAAAAUCCCGGUGGUGACAUAACCUGAGACUAAAGUGCCAUGCCAUAGAAGCCAGGAGUACCGUUUUCUUUUACACGGACGGUCUGCUUGAGUUUGCGGAGCGAGGGAAGAGGGCGGCAGGGCAGACGGGGGACGGAAAACAGCUCAGUGGGGGCCAAUGCAGCAGCAGCAUCGACAGCCUGAGCUGGUGGAAGGAAACCUUCCCGUGUUCGUGUUCCCCACUGAGCUCGUCUUCUACGCCGAUGAGCAGACGUCUCACAAGCAGGUGCUCACCCUCUACAACCCCUAUGAGUUUGCUCUCAAGUUCAAAGUGCUGUGUACAGCGCCAAACAAGUACACGGUGGUGGACGCCACCGGAGCUGUCAAGCCGCACUGUUGUGUUGAUAUUGUAAUCCGACUUCGAGACGUGCGACCAUGCCACUACGGCGUGUACGACAAGUUCCGCCUGCAGGUGUCAGAGCAAAGUCAGCGCAAAGCUCUGGGCCGCAAGGAGGUCACGGCAACGCUCCGUCCCUCCGCCUCCCAGGAGCCCGGCGGCCUCCGUUCUCAGGAUGAUGAGCGCAGGGCCAAAGAUCAGAUGGCGGACAGCGAGUUUUUUGAACAGACUGUUUUUCAAACAGAAAGUCGUCCUGCCGCCGGAGGGCCCAGUUUGUUGACGGUGCUACUGGGGCUGGUGUGUGUGGCCGCCCUGAUGCUCCCAACUCUGGGGGAGCAAGAAUCCACUGUGCCUGUCUACCUCCACUUAAGUGUUAACAAGAAACUUGUAGCUGCUUAUGUUCUUGGACUUCUCACAAUGGUCAUCCUACGCACAUGAAAGGCAUGAAGCGGAGGGGGCCAAAUUAUUCAGACAUUGCCACACACCACUACUGUUACAUUAGCUGGCUACAGGGGGUGGUGUUCUCUCCCAACAGGUCUUCGCUCCUGAAACAUUUGAGUGUUUUCUCUUUCGAACGCAGGUUUGUGUUUGUGGCACAUUGAUGUAAACAGACCUGUGGUGGGUCCUCAGGGGAGUCCGUCCCUAAGCAGGACCUGUGAAGAAGCAUGAUAGCCUCGUGCUUCCGAAUGCUAUGAAACUGAAGUGAGCAGCCGUGUCAAAGAAUAUGCAUCCUACAUGUAUAUAAAGCCAUAGCAAUUUUCGUAUUGUAUUUACUAGUAACCGACAUUGAUGUUUCAAGUCAUGUAAGUGUAGAGAAACAAAGACAAUGCAGUUUUCUGCAUGGAUCAGUACCUAUCUGAAUGCAUUUUCUUCCCCCCCUUCAGCAGUCAUGUCAACGAAGGCCUUUUGCUCAAAAUACUUGUACUCUUACAAUAUUCUGAACAUUUAAUAAAGUGUCAGUAUGUCAGCCUGUUA